AUGGAUGGCACUGACUUGGUUUAUCCUGAUGAAGUCGACCCCUCUGAACGAGCAAAGCCGCGUCCUCCGCCCCACUCGAACCAUCGCAAACAUGCCGAAUCAGCGUUAUCACGGAACCGAAUGGAAACAAGUCGGGUUUACGACGAUCCAGCUAGUGAGCAAAAUAACAUUGUCAACACUGCGGCUUCCAAUGAGGUGAGAUCUUUCAUCAUUGGCGAUAAAUCGCAAAAGUUCGACGAUCAUUGUCAUUCAUCUCAUUCACUUCCAAGCUAUUCAUUAUUCUUUCCUAUAGAAUGUUCGUCGCAAGUGACGGCCUUCGCAAAAGGUAGUUGA